AUGGCCUCAUCAUUUUCAUCGUUCGAACCAUUGCUCACGUAUUUGAGCGAAUUGAACCAAUGGCAGGCCCAGAAACAAUUCUCGCGUCCCCGGAUAAUCAAGAAGUUAGAAACCGAAAGUGACUAUCAGAUUCAAAUCUAUAAGGAGUAUGGUGAUUUUUCAUCAUACGAAUUUUGUGUAUUGAAGCCCGCAAGGGCUUACAAGAGUUUAGUUCAAUUGCUUGUGGAACUGAGGGAAGAUCACUUCAAAAAGGUAUUUCAAUUCAACUCCAAUGAUAUUGAUAUUCAUAGUAUCCAUUGGGAAUAUUAUGAAGAUGAAAACAUUUUGGUUUUAAAUAUUCCAAAGAAGCAAGAUCUUUGUUACAAUUUAAUGGACUUCACACUUCCAGGAUUUUUCAACUUUGGUGGGCCAUUUGUUGGUCAAACUGCAAUUUUCAAUUCCCCUCAAAGAAAACAAAGCCAUAUCUUUACAGAGCUGGAAGAUGACUUGAUUAGAGCUCAAUAUCAGAAGGAAGCUGAAGAAGCUGCUCAGGUUGCUAGAUGGAAGCAAGAAGAACCAGCAAUUAGGGCUCAAUACCAGAAGGAAGCCGAAGAAGCUGCUCUGAUUGGUCGUUUGAAGCAAGCGGAAGCUGCAGACAAUGAAAUGGCCAGAAAGGUUGCUGAAGACGAAGCCAAACAACAAGAUGAACUUGAUAAUAAGGAACUUCAACGUCUUGAACGUGAGGGACAAAUAAGAGCCCAAAAAGAAUAUGAAAGAGCUAAAAAGGAAGCCGCAAACAGAGCUAAACAAAGAGCUGAGGCCCAAAAGAGAAGAAAAGAAUUAAGGGAAAUGAAUAAGGCCAGACAAGAGGAAGAACAAAAGAGAAGAGAAGAACAUGAUAAGUUGGUAGAGCAACAACAGAAAUUCCUUCAAAACUUAUUGAGUAAUAUGUACGCCGACCCAUUACUGGAGUUGAGAAAGGAACAGAAAGAAAGAGAGAAAGUUCCCAGAUCUUCCUCUAAAGAUGGCAACACCAAGAAGCAACAACAAGAAAGAGCUGCAGAAUUACAGCCUGAACCACUUGAUGGAGAUGACGACGAAGGAGAAGAUGUUUCCAUGAGCGAACCAGGAGCAGAAAAAUCAGAGAAGAAGAAGGAAGAGCAAAUUUCAUCUAGAUCGUCAUCAUCGUCCAAAGCAACGUACCAUCCAACGAUUGAAGACGUUGAUGAUGAUGAGUAUGUUGUAUUCAGAAAGAAGUUUGGCUCCAAUUAA